AUGUCCUCCUCAUACGCCUCAGAAGAUCCCUCGCUGUUGGACGAACCAGCAUCUGGACAAGCAGCUCUGUCCUCCAUCCCGCGCUCCUCCCUCUCGACCAGCCAGGAAGAAGACGCGCUAUUGCCGGCGCGUGAUGAGGAAUCUGAGUCAUCGCAACCUUCCCAGUCGAACAGCAAUCAUCUGUUGCUGCGUUCGCACAUUCCCUCUACCACUCUAACCUUCCGUCAAGACGAACCACUUCGGGAUCCUGUCUUCCACGGUUCUUUUCUUGGCAUGUCAGAGCUCAACGAGGCUGCCGUCAGACGCGCGAGAAUGAUGGAAGAGUUGGGCACGUCCGAGUUCAAAACUCCCUCGUUCUCGGAUUCUCAUUCCCUACCCAUGGGAAGUUCGUCCUUCGAUUCGGAAACUACCAUCACGCUGAAUCUGCCAACCGAAGUCGAUAACAAACUCCGCUUUAGAUCUCUCAUUGACCGCAUUAACCGCCAUCAAUGGAGCUUCCUUAGCGAUGAAGUCCACAGUACCAUCACGUACAACAAGGAAGACAUCUCAUUGUACCAUCUUGUAGAAUCCUUCAAGGAGGAGUUCUCGCGCAGAUCCAAUACCCAAAUGGAGAUCGUCACUCUAGUUGCCGGAACGCCCGAAGAGGGCGAAGCCGUGGCAGCGAGGCUGAAAGUCAAGGACAUUGUUGUACAACGGCCCUACACAGCCUCGUCACAAAGGAGGCAGACGGAAUACACGCGACACAUGUUCGUCUACUUCAGCGAUGGAAAGAUUAGCGAGAUUCAAGACAUUGUGGACGGAGACGAGAAGCGCCGGCAAUCGGCCAACAUUGUGCCAGUUCCCAACUUCAGGCCUCCACCGCCCCCUUCUUCCAUCGACCUGAGGCAGUUCUACGAGGACUACAUCGCCUGUAUCAACGAAAAAAGAAUACAACAAGACUUGCACCAAUUCUGCAAGGGGACCGUGUUUGUUCCUCGGACUGUCCUCAUUGACGAGGCAAAGCAGCAGAUUGCCGUCCGUAUCGAGUUUGCUGGGCUACCCGUCAAGCCAUUUGGUGGUGCUAUGCCCAAUGGGCGUCGGGUGCAUUUCGCUGAGCAUGCCAUUUACUGGCUCGAGCAGGGAAAGAUUUCGCAUGUCUUGACUAUUGUUGACUGGGAGGAUUUCAAGUCGCAACUCGGUCAAUAG